GUCCCUUUAAGACAGGAAGUGGAGGCCAAGUAAGGCUAGCUGUGAGAACGCUCCGAUUUCUGUUGUCAGCAAACCGUUAAUAGGUUGACGAGAAGGUCUCCUGCGGUUUGUGUUCAGCUACAGUCGCCAUGGCCGAAAAUCUUGCUAAAAUCCAGGAUGUAGAGAUUGAUCCUGAGGGAACUUUUAAAUACAUACUGGUCAGAGUGAAAGUAAAAGAUGGCGAUGUGCAUAAAGAAAUAGUACGAGGCACAAAAAGUGCAGAGUACCACAAUCAUAUAUUUGAGAAAGUUAAUCCAGCUUUGGAGGCCUUGGGGAUGGAGUGUAAAUGCCUUGGAGGAGGGAAAAUAGAGCAUAACAGCAAGGACAAGAAACUAAGGGUGUUUGGAGAAUCAACUGCCUUUGGCAAAGCAGACCAUUCUGUGUCUGCGGAGAAGCUGAAAACUGUCUUCAGCGACUAUGAGGUCACCUGGUCUGAUGACAAAAAAUAAGACUGUGAACCCUCAUUUCAAAUGUCUGCCUUUAUUUGUCAGUUCUUAUCCAGAAACUAUAUAAUGAUGCUUCAAAUCAUCAUACAAUUAUCAUUUGACUCAAAUACAGCAUCUCUGCAUUUAA